AUGUGGGUUGUUCGCACGGGAGAACCAGAGCCGAGUUGUUCCCUAACGCUGCACAAGUAUGUGGAGGAGUUUCCCGGCCUCAUACACUUCAUCUACGUAGAUCGCACCACGGGAAGGUUUCUCGCUCCCGACAUGGCCGACGCCGCAGAUAUGCUGACGCCGGACACCGUGAGGCGCGCGAUGGCCCGCACGUUGGCGACGGCGCACUCGGGCUACAGCGGCGGCACGUGGCGGCGCGGCGCGCUGCACGGCUGCUCGCUGCUCUGGUGGGAGCGGCGCGGCGCUGCCGUGCGGGCGGCGCGCGUGCCCAGCCCCGCGCUCGUACGCGCGCUGCCCCCGCCCGGCGACAUACAGGGCGCUUUCUACAAGCAACUGCUAGAGAUGGUGUUUCCGGGCGAAACUCGUGAUGUGUCUAUUAAAGAGCUGAUUUGCAUACACCUUGGUCUGGUGCCUGCCUCUACAGCAGUUCAACAAUCGCGUCGAUUGAUACAUUUGGUCAAUGAACUAGCAGGGGACACGCCAGCUGGGGCCGCCGACCUACUGUGA